GUUCGGUUCGGUUUCGGAUUUUAUUAGAAAAAAAGAUUGAUUUCCUUUAAAAAAUUUCAGUUUUUUGGAUUUUUUAAUGUUCGGUUUGAUUCCGCGAAUUUCUGUUCUUUAAAAAUAAUACCGUUCGAGAAUUGAGAACAGUUUCGGAUUGGAAAAAUACUGUUUUUUCGGUUUGGUCCGGUCUGGUUCUUCUGGUUCCGAAGAACCGAACCGAAACAUCCACCUAGCUGUCAUUACGAAAAUCAGAGCUUCCUAUAUGGAUCAUUGUUGUUGGGCUUGGCCCAUGAUAUGGUGGAAAAAGAGGAGACUCUGUUUGUAACGGAGGCUUUCGGUUUAGCGUAAAAUCGAGCGGGAUUCUUAUUCCGAACCAAAACGUUGCGUGGGUUAAUACCCUAAUGCUUUGAUUCUUCGAUAAUCUACGCACGGUGUUCGAGGAAGAGAGGAGUUUUGCGAUCACAGAGGCGAUCGUGAGGGAGAAGGAGAAAGACAAGGCGACGGAGGAGUUUCUCGGCGACGACGGAGCGGUAAGCAAAGGUCGAGUCGGAACGAGCAUCGGAGAGGUUGAGAGUACUAUGAUACCGCUUCACAAUUGUCCCAUGGAAUACACGAUUGAACGCUAAGGUUCGUAACUUUUCAUAGAUGUCAAACCAUCCUGUUGCGUCUUACUUGGAAGAUAUAUUGGUUUGAGGUGUUCCAAACGUAAAAACAAAUGGGCCCAUAAAUCCCUUGGAUGGCCAUUGGAUUGAAUAAUCACGCGUGUCUGGUCCGUCUUACUUGGAAGAUAUAUUGGUUUGAGGUGUACGGUGGACGCGCACGUAGCCAAGUAAAAUAUCAAGCGCGCACAUAUAUUUGGUGUUCCAACGGAUCUGUGAUAGCGCUCCCGAAUCAACCAUCCAAUUUGCAUUUCAUAGAUACGUAUAAUCCUUACGUGUAUAUAUACAUUAGUAUUAGUGCCAUAUUUUGCGUGGAUUUUAGUAUUUGCUACUGAGAGAAGCGAUAAUGGAGACAGCGAAGAGGGCACGACCGAGAGACGUCUACGGCGAAAGACGACCACCGCCGGAAUUGCCCUCUUUUCCGCCAGAGAUCAUAAGGGAGAUUCUCCUUCGAUUACCCGCAAAAUCGAUCGGCCGAUUCAGGUGUGUCUCUAAGCUCUUUCGCUCUCUCUCAUUGGACCCAGAGUUUGCGAAGACCCACCUCGAUCUUUCCCUUCGAAACGACGCCUUCCGAUCAGGUCGGCGAAGGCUCAUCGUGUAUUACCACCGCGAUCUCUACACUGUAGAUUUCGAUUCGAUCGUCGAUGCGUGCGAGGGGAUAAGAGAUUUGGGUGCUGUUGAGAUCCCUCAGUCUCCAGUCUUGUCCAAUCUCGUCUCAUCGUAUUAUCCGAAGUACUGGGUUCAAAUGGUCGGGUCUUGCAAUGGGUUGGUGUGUACCUCUAAUGGUGCAGCUGACGUGUUUUUGUUCAAUCUGACCACUGGAGAAUCUAAGAGAAUUCCGGGUUUUCGCGAUUUUCUGAUUUCGCGGGCCGAGGAGGAGAGCUUCUUUGGGUUGGGCUUCGGGUUUGAUGCCAUAACCGAUGAUUAUAAGGUGGUGGCGCUUGUCACUGGCGAUGUUCUGAAUGCGUGUGUUUACUCUGUCAAGACAGAAUCUUGGAAAUGGGUCGGAGAUUCGCGUUAUGAAUAUGAUGAAAUCGCCGACUAUGGUCUUCUUGAAAACGGUGGAAUCCACUGGGUUGCAAGGCUCCGAGAGGAUGGUCGGAGAGUUGUAGUGGCGUUCGAUCUGACGACUGAGCAGUUCAAAGACAUGGCUUUUCCUGAUGGAAUCGAUGACUGCCCACACGCCCUUGGGGGAUUUCAGCUCCAUACACUCAAUGGCAGGCUCUGCAUGGUUCACGUCGUCGACAAGCGCGAUGAUUUCUGGGUGAUGAAUGAGUAUGGUGUGGCUAGAUCUUGGAUCAGAAUUCGGAUCAGCAUGAGGUACAGGGCCAUGAAUCCGCUGUGUUCGGUUAGGAACGAGGAGGAAACUCUUAUGGAACUAAAUGGACAGUUGGUGCUGUACAAUUUCGGGAAUGAUACCUCGACACGGUUGGUCCUUAAAGGUUUUCACCUGAGCUGGUUUCAGGCCCGUACAUACAUAGAAAGCCUCAUAUCACCAAACUCAAUAUGGUAGGGCUUAGGAUACGUAGGAGAACGAUUUCCGCGGAAUAAAUCUGUGUUUAAACCCGGGAUCAAUUUCAUCAUCAUCACCAUCAUAUGGUGAUGAUGUUGGUGGUGGUGAUGUUGGGAGAGUCUUGUAUCAGGAGAAGAUAUGUACUUCUUUGGUUAUGGAAUAAACAAUUUCAUUUAAGAUUCUGAUUCAUAUA